AUGAGUUUAACAUCACUUGAAACAAUAACAGAUACAUUAUUAGAAUUAAUGGAAGCUUGUAUGAGUGACAUACUGGAUUGUAAAUGGUUAGCACAAUGGCAAGAAUUAGUUAAACAUUUUGCUUUUCAAUUUAAUCCAACGUUUACAAGCAAGACCAAUGUAAGAUUUUUUUUUAUAAAACUAAUUUUUCUUUAAUGUUUAAAAGUAUUAUUU